UCAUUCUAGCAACGACGUUGUCGUGUCAAUUUCAGAUCGGGAAGUCAGCGCUAUGUCGUUUGCACAUUUCGGCGAAUGUAUCCUUAGAAAGUCUAAAUAUAGGCAAGUUAGCUAAGCUAGAAGUGCGAGUCCAGAAAAAGACCGAGGCAGUUGAGCUCGAGCUGCUUUCCCAGUCACUGACUGACUUGACUGAGUGUGACAGCCAGUGCGAAAUAUCUGUUAAAAAUAAUAAAAUAACUUAAGCAACGGGAGCUCCUGAGGUCUGUGGUAACUGUAUUCGUUUCGUGUUGUUCAUGUAACUUGAAAGCCAAUGUGGAGAUCGUGAAGACGGCUGAAAUGUACCGUUAUUUGUGUCGGAAAUAACUGUUAUUACGUGAAGACUUAUUUUGGUUUUGCUGUACCCGUCAACAGAAGACCACAGGAAGGUGAACCUGGCACAGCCAAACCGAUCCUACCGCUCAUCCAUUGAUGUGACGCAGCUAACUGUCCAGACCUGUUGGAAUUGUUCAAUUCAUCCGCAACAAGGCCGUCAAGAUUCACAUCCGCACAGAACUAUCCCACUACAAACCAAUCCCGUGUCUGUUACUAUUCAACAUAAUUAUGCAUCUGCUCCUCGGCCCAAUUCGGUUUCUACCAGCCGCUCUCUGAUUCUCAAGGAGCGGCGCAGUUAAACAUUGCACAGCUACGAAAAGCUCUCCUGCUCCUUCAGUCUUAACAGGCACCUGUAGGAAACAGAGCAGGUGUUUUUUGAAAGCUUUAUAGUGCUUGUGGCUGUCCUGGCAAAAAGCUGCAGAACCAUGUGUGCCCAUUGGCUGUUUAUAAUUGGCCUAGUCCACAGGAUGGGUGGACAGUAGUGGGUCAGCGAGACAGUGGACUCAUGUCAUGGAAGGGAUUAUUGCAGUCGCAGUACAUACAGAGGGCUUGAAUGGUUUUCCGCAAGGAUGUAAACAGACAGAAGACCUCACCAAUGGACACCCCAAAGGCACAACGAUUCUGAAUGGAUUGACUCCAGGUAAUGCAAUUAAAGAGAAUAGCAACUUGAAUGGCAGCCCAUAUCUUAAAACGGUCCCGAUUUCAGCGCUCAAACAGAAUGGGCUCCUACAGUCUCUGGCAGCAGGUGGCCAUCACACCAAAACCGAAGAGGUGAGCUCGGAGGUGGAGCGAGCACAAGAGGAGUGGGAUGCCCUGGAGAGCAUCCAACCAGUUCUUGCCGAAGAUCUCACCCCCUCUCCACUGAUCUCAUUCAAUGAGGCUCUGCAGCAUUUUCAGACCACUGAUCUUGGAGACCUGCUUAAAAAUAUUCAGCCCACCAUUCGCAGGACUGGUUUGGCUGCCAUCACCCACUUCCUGUUCGGUCCUCCUCGGCUACACAAAGACCUAGUAGAGGAGAGAGACCUAGUGUUUGCUAUCGCACAGUGUUCUCUGGAUAAUGGACAGUCAGUUCACAUGCGUGUCCUCCAGACCAUCUACAGGAAACUGACUGGCACCCGAGCAGACUGCCCUCGAUAUGGACCACACUGGGAGAAUGUGGGCUUUCAAGGUACAGACCCCAGCACAGAUCUAAGGGGAACUGGUUUUCUAGGUCUGAUGCAUGCUCUCUACUUCGUCAUGGACCCAGAGAUACUACCACUUGCUAGAGACAUCUACAAACUUUCUCAGCAUCCGGUCCAGAAUUUUCCAUUCAGUGUGAUGUCAAUCAACAUGACCAGAAUUGCCCUGAAUGCUCUCAGGGAGGAGGUACUGUCUAAGGAGUGUAAUCGAAGGCAACAGGUCGUGGCUGUGCUAAAUGAUUUUUACGUUGCGACGUUCCUGCACCUCUACCAGCUGUGGAAGAGCCAGCAGAACACCAUCUCUGACUCUGGCCAUGUACUUAAAGAAGUGGAGCUCGUCGCCAAGAAGAACCCCAAACAGAUUCUCAAACGUCUCGAGGGCUACCUGAAGGAGAGACGGGCUGGGACGGGACACCGAUCAUCACCUGACACACUGUCACAUAGCAACCCAUCACCUGGUGACAGCGGGUCUCGAGCGGGGAGUCAGGGAGGGAAGGACCUGAACUUUACUGGUGUGUGUGAGCUGCCACCUGAGAUGGAGGGAGAGGCCAGACUCAUCUGACAGAGAUGAGAGCGAUGCGACAAUUAAUGAAACGUGUUCGUUCAUGCUUUAUCUCUGUGUUUCUUCAGUUCUUUUGUCCUUUCAGGGGGCAGUUCACCCCGAAAUGAAAAUCCUGUCAUCGUUUACUCACUCUCGUUCCAAACCUGUAUGAUUUGGUUUGAAACCAAACAUAAGUAGGAUGACAAGGUUUUGUUUUUGGGUGAAGUACGCACACUUCGAGACGAGUCUAUGUUGUACUGUAGUAGCUAAAAAUCAUCAAACCGUGCUGUUUAUUUUUGAGCACGCAUUGGCUUUGUUAUGCUUUAGAGACCAAUAGGUUUAGUUUCCAAAUAUCAGAAGAUUCUCUCAGAUAUUAAGCUAGAUUUAGCACCUCAGUGGCAGUGGGCUGUCUUGAACCAAUCAGGAAGCAGGUGACUUCAUUCGCAGUCGCACAGUGAGCCUUGACCGUGUAUACCCGUGACUGUGGUCUUGAAAAUGACUUUUAUUUGUGAUGGCGCGACUGUGCAAGGCAUUUAUUCGAUGCGAUUGAGACAAGUUCAGCCUGAAGCCUUACGUAUCUCUAGAUAGUUUGAACGCGUUCACUGUGACCAGGAAGUUGACAGAGUUUGUUGAUAUUGGCUCUUCAUCCUGCACUGUUGAAAAAUGGAAUGACGUAUGAAAACUUUGGAUGGAAACCGCGUCAAUAGGCCAAAGCUUUUUUCUCUUGUCCGUUUAGGGAGAUAAAUGUCACAGUAAGUUUUCGAGACGCUCUGUUUCUGUUGGCAGGAAGAGCCUAAAAUUCAAGUCAGGGCAUUAUGACGAUGGGAAAGUGCAUGUUAGUGUAAAAGAAACUGAUCAGAUGUUCACAGAAACAUUUAGCGGUUCAGCUACAAGUCCAACGUCGACUCACGCAGACUGAUCACUAUGAAUGGCGUCUUCAUUAACAGCUAAUCUUAUGUUGUAAUAACGUUUAUCUUAGAGCUUAGGGCAGCAAUCACAGUGAAAAAGUGAUAUUUGGAAGUGUUGUAAUGCUUGUCUGCAUGAAGCAAAUGCCUACGUGUUUCCUUGAUAUUGAUAGUAGUUACAUUCCACUUUUAAGCAGUCGUGAUGCGGCUAGUUUUGUGUGGACGUGUAGUGGACGAGAGUGAGGAUGCUCAGGAUUGUAUAAAAAUACUCUUUAAAUUGUCCUGAAAAUGAUAUGGGUUGCUUGUUUUUAGGGCUGUCCAUAAUUAAAGUUGUUUAUUAAUGUGCAUAUUAUUACAAAUUGUGCAUAUUAAUGUUGUUUUUAUAAACACAUGCAUAUAUUUUAGAAAAAUAUAAAAAUGAAUAAAUGUUUAUAUAUAAUUCCAAUUGUUGGUAAAUAUAAUAUCUAAAUAUAUUUACAUGUGUGUAUGUGUUUAUGAAGACAAAAAUAUGCAGUACAGAAUACUAAAGUUGUCUGCUAGUUAAAAAUGUUGUAUUUUAAAUCACAAUGACAUCCUCGUGUUUAUUGGAAGUGGCUUGAAAGUAGGGCUGUGCAAAAAUAUCGAUACAUGUAACUAUUGCAAAUUUUUUUCGAUAGUGUAUCGAUAGUGUUACCUAUACUAUCGAUAUACUUUUUUGAAAUCAUGUCAUAUACAUACGGCCAAAAGAAGUGGAAGCGAGCAUGGCGAAAAAUAUAAGAACGCUUGGCGCUCUCAGAGCUGAUGUGUGCUUUGGUUUUCAAAAGAAAUAAAGAGUUAUAUAAAAUAAUGCUGUUUGUAGGCUUCGCAAGUCAUGACACAAGUCACUUGGCUACUGCAGUGCAUUAGACAAAAAGUUUAUUAAGAAAAGUAACAAUGACAUUUAUUGUGCUUUCACGGAUGUGACACCAGCGCAUUUACAGCACGGAUGAAGCAGGGGUUUUAUACUGCCCAUGUUCAGUGUUUUAACUGUAAUGCACCACAACAGCCAAGUGACUUGCGUGAGCCACCUUAUUCCCCUGUGCUACCCACUUGAGGGGCUCAAUCCACAGUUUGAGAACCCAAACCUCUGAUCUAAAGGUCCAUGCAUCACACAUCAUGGCCACUCUGCAGAGGUAAGGGAUGUUUUUACACUUAUCCUUACAGAAAACCCCCGGUGGUGCACAGCAUGUUGUAUUUCUAGCUCUACUUUUUACAUUUUCUAUUUAAAGUAUUGCAAUAUAUCGCAAAUGUGUAUCGUAUCGAAAUACAUAGCAAUAUAUUGUAUUGUGACCCAUCUAUCGUGAUAUGUAUCGUAUCGGGAGGCACUUGCCAAUACACAGCCCUACUUGAAAGACUGUAUAUCUCUACUGGAUUUUCCUUCACAAGCGUCCGAAAAACAUGUCAUACCUGUUACGCCGCGAAACGUUGUUGCUUAAACACACAUAAGAGAAUACCUUUACUGUUGUGCCGCAUCAGGUUAGCGCUGAAAUAGUCAAGUAUUUUGCUUGUCACGUCUUGUUCUCCCAGGUCCGGGUGCGAGGGUUGCGUCAGUCGUUGACGGCGAUGUACUGUACAUUUUGGAAAAAAUCUUGAUGGGAAACGUUCUUCCCUCCCUUUGCAACGCUAAUUCUGCACUCUCGUCUUGUUAGCAUGUCAGGUAGCACUAGAGAUGUAGCAUCCGGGAUUCGUUUCGCAAAUCCUCGUCAACAAAAAAAGCUUGUUAAUCUAACUCGGUAUGGUUGCAUAUGUUUGUCUAAGUUACCUUGUCCAAAGUGUUGUUGUACGGUAUGAGUACUGUGCGUUCUGUACGUUUUCAUUUGAAUUUGUUUCUUUUGUAGAUUUGUUUUCCUCCUCGAACAACACAUGAAUAUAAAUACUCAGUGGAUGUAUAUUAGGAGUCCUGUCACUUUAGCCAGUUACAUUUUUUAUAUAAAGCAGAGUAGUAUUUUAUAAACUUGACUAAGAGCAUGAUGAUAAAGAAUGUUUAGCGAAAAAAGGCAAAUCAUCCUUUCCAGGGUUAUUUACUGGUUCUGUUCGCCUGGUUGGUAUCAGUUUAGGUAAGCAGUUUCAACACGAGCGGUGAUUUCAUAUGUUUGAAUUCAAUGUAGUUCGCCCUGUCAUCGGUUUGUUUUGCACCUUGACCUGCUGAACACUAAGACACCCUUUGAGGGGCUCAUUUUAAAAUGUUUUACAAUGGGAUGCUGUUGGAUUUGAGUGCCAAUGAAUAGAAAGGGUGCAAUGAGAGAGAACCGCCCAACGUAUUCAGAACGCAUUUUUUGAGCUGUUGUGCACUUACUAGCUACAUGCGUGUUGUCUAUAUUCUGAACAAUCGAACCUCCAUCCGUGACCAUGAUAUGAGCACCUUGUACAUGUGUGCGCUUGUUUUGCUCUUUUCGUUCUCCCCAAAGGAGAGGAUGGUCUGUACGUAAGACGACUAUUAACGUGUACAUAGAGUGAAAAUAUAUGAUUGUAACAGUGUGAUUGUUACCUGGGCAUAUUAUGCAUACCUCAGGCUUCAGACAAAUCUCUUCUGGGAAGGCGUUUUAUUGGGGACAGCCAUGAUCCCAUGUCGUAGCACAAAAUGGUGUGGUGUCUCUUGCAGUAAUCUACCUAGCUUGGGAAUGUACUGUAUGUAUAUGUAUGUACACUAAUGCAGCACUGCGAAAUAUCGACUUCUACAGUAUAUAUUUCUAUAGCCCAUGUUUGUGAAAACUAUAGUCUUAAUCGCUGAAACGCAACCGAACCUUCGCCGGAGGACGACAAAUCAGGCGAUUUUGUGGCCUUUGGUAUUCGCUGUGCUUUCGUGAACGUUUUUUUGCAGUGUCAAAGUAUGUCGAAAACGAUUCACUUUACUACGGCACAAUGUAACUCUGUUUGGACCAAAAGGAACAUUUCUGACUGGGUUACACUUACAGUAAGCAGGUUUUGGAGGUCUUAUAAUUCUUUGAUUUACUCUAGGGAUGCACCGAAACCAAAAUUCUUGGCUGAAGCCGAACAUGAUGUGAAACACUUGGCCGAAUAAUACCGAACACCGAACAUGGUUUUUUGCAUUUCUUCUAUUUAUUAAGCCAUUUUUUCACUAUUGCACAAACUGAAUAGUCAAAAUGUGCUUUUUAUAAUUUGUCUUGCUUUUCAAUAAAAUACAAUACAACUUAAUAUAAAAUUGAGCAAAACAAAGUAAAUUGAGCCUGUGAAUAGCCUAUAUUAAUUAGGCCUAUAACUGACUGGUAAAAGAAUGUAAUGUAAGUUACUCUGUACCCCUACAACAAAACACUUCAUUAAAAAGUGACAUUCAACAUUAGGCCUAUAAGCUAAAAAUAAGAAUAAACUAAAACUGUUGGAUUAUUAUAGGCUACAUUGCAAAAUGAUUUGAGAAAAAAAAAACAUCCAAUGCAAGCAAUUCUGACUGAUGCUGACUGACAACCAUUUAGUUCACGUCUCUCCUCCAAACUCCGCCCACAAAAGCUGACUGUUCUCUCAGAAGGUGCACUUGUGGAUGCACAGAACAUACUUUGACAAGUUGUUUAGUACAGGGAACUGUGUGCACGCGACCACUGUAUGAUGUCAAAGGAUGUCGCGAGCGGCUGGGCUACUGUCAGACAGCCCUCUUCCGUCUGAUGUAAAGUUACCGACCGGUAAAGACGCUUUCAUUCGGAAAUUUACUUCCGUGCGGCAAGUCCCGUGCUGUGUCUUUCUGUGACACUUUAAAAUGCUCCACACACACACACACACACACACACACACACACACACACUGCCAAAAUGUUUGCGGCAGUAAUAAAGCGCACGCGUUUCUUUCUCUCUCUCUGCGCUGGUUGCUGCUUGAUCGUAUCACGAGUCAUGUUCGGUAAAAGUUAUUCGGCCACUUGACAAAUUCGGCCGAACACCGAACUUGCGUUUUUUUGCUAUUUUCGGUGGCCGAACAUUCGGUGCAUCCCUAAUUUACUCCCCACGUGUUUCAAAAGAACGCGUUCCGCACUACUUCAUUUAUCUGUCCCACAUAGACAAAAACAAGUUUCUUUUACUGAGAAAACACUGCUCUCAAAUCUCCGUUCCGAUGCACUUCAUUUGAAAGAUUUGUUGAUAUUGUCCGUCAUGAUUCCUCAGAGCAUUUUAUUAUAUCUGAACCUUGAUUGUAGAAUCCCUAUUUUAUAAUGAAAAUAUAUUUGAGAUUAUAUGCGGUGGUACAGUGAUGUAUCGUAUGAAGAGUAAUAAAUAAAUGCAACUUUAAAACAAGAAAAAUGUUACUGUCGUUAUUU